CAAAGAACUGUCUUGUCUCGCAUUGCCAGCUUCGCCAUGGAAGUUCAACAGCUUUUUACAAAUCUUAAGAAAGAAGCUGAAUGCCCUCUGUGUUUAGAGACAGUCAAUAAUCCCAAGACUUUGCCAUGUAUUCAUUCAUUCUGCCUUAAGUGUCUUGACAAACAUGCAAAUUUUGCAAGAAGACAGCUUCAAACGGCGAUCAAAUGUCCUGUUUGUCAGACAUCUUUUGAAAUCCCCGAAGACGACUCGUUCAAGAACUUGCCCGCGUCUUUCCAUCUCAACCGCCUGGUUGAUGUUCUUGCACUGAAAGAUGGCACCGCACAGGCCCAAAAAUGUGGCAGUUGUGAUGAGAACAACGCAGCAUCCAGUUACUGUUUUGUGUGCCUUUUAUUUCUCUGUACUUCCUGCUUUGAAGCUCAUCAGCGAGUGAAAACCUCAAGAGAUCAUCGCAAUGUUGUGUUAGAGAAAUUACUAGCGCAAGAUGUGGAAGAGUUGAUCCACAGACCCGUCAUGUGUUCGCAGCAAUAUCACGAAAAUCAGCCGCUGGAAUUUUAUUGCGAAGAAUGCAAGGUUCCUAUUUGCAUUAAGUGCAGUGUAGUUAGCCACAAUCGACAUACCAUAACAGACACUCAGAAAGCCGCACAAGUACAGAAGAUGCAAAUGGAGGACGCUUUGGAGAAAGUGAAAGCGGAAACAGUUAUUUACGACAACAAGAUAAGGAAGCAAACUGAGUUAAUGGAAAAGAGUAGGAACGAAGUAAUUUCAGCAGAAGAAAAGAUGACAGACGCUGUGGACGAGUGUAUCCGUCAAUUGCAAGAACAUAAGAAAACUAUGAAGGCCAAGUUUGCUGAAAUUCAUAAAGGGCAACAAAAACAUCACGCAAGAAGACUAGAAAACUUUGAGUUUGCUCUGGCCCAAUUGAAAGGUUGUGUUGAACAAGGCGAGAGUAUCGUCAAAAGAAACAUCAGUGCUGAAAUUCUACAAACUAACCAGGCCAUUAUUGGACGCUGUGAAGAACUCCUGAGUGCGAAAAAGCCUGACAUUUAUAAACCCUCACACGUGCAUUAUAUGGUGGAAGAGAAAGUGAAGAUUUUGGAUCGCGUUGUGGUCAGUGACACAGAUCCUUUAAUGACGUUAGUUGAAAUUGAAAACCAGAAAGAGAAAAGAGAGAAAAUGGAAACAAAUUUAACCAUUGUUACCAGAAAUUCCGAUGGAGAGCCGGGAUAUCAUGAAGAUGAUCAAGUAAAAGUUAACAUUUCUGCUCCAGCAGGUGAUCAACUGGAAACAGAGAUAAAAGACACCAAAGACGGCAAGUAUACAGUAAGAUACACACCACAGUGUGUUGGACAACAUAGAGUAGAGAUCCAAGUUGACGGACAGCCGCUGACUGGUAGUCCCUGGGUUGUGCAGGUGAUUCCGCAUCAGUAUAAAUUUGCGUUUCAAUUUGGAUCAAAAGGAGAGAAGCAAGGACAAUUCAACGAACCUAUUCAUAUUAUAGUGAAUGACAAAACUGAAAGGAUUGCGGUGUUUGACAAAAACAAGGAUAGGUCUCAAGUUUUUGACUUUGAAGGAAAAUUUCUCAAUGAGAAGCCUUGGAUUGCCAUAAACGUGUGUGAUGGCGAGUUUUUCUUUAUCGAUGAAAAAGAAGAUAAAACUUUUCUAGUUUAUGAAGAUGGUAAGCACAUCAGGAGCCUUAACGCGGGGGACGGAGGUUGUGUUGUUUUUGAAAGUGAUGGUCACGUGAUCGCAUAUUUUGACACGGAUGCGAAAACUAUCAAGGUCCUCACUCCUGAUGGCAAACAUGAAGUUCAGUCGUUAAGUGCCCCAAAUUGUGAUGGAAACCAGGAGUUUGUCCUUUACGAUCAACGCAAAUUCUUUGUUCCGGAAGCUCAUCGUGUCAGGGUAUUCAACAGCGCAGGAGUACAUCUCUUUGACAUUGGAGAGGAAGGAUCUGGUGACGGGCAAUUAAUGCGUCCUACUGGUCUUACUAUUGACAAGUUUAACCAUCUCAUCGUUUGCGAUAGCUUAAAUAAAAGACUGCAAGUUUUCACACUUGACGGAAAGUUUAUCGCGAAGAUAGAAGAAAGUUUUUUUAAUGAUAGUUGUCUUGCUGCUUGUGCCGUAUCUAAUACCGGAUAUUUGUUUGUCACUGAUGGCGACAGAAACUGUGUUUAUGUUUUCAAUUAG